UUCCCAUAUUCUCCGAAAUUUCCAUGUUGACCCUACCGACCAACGCGCUAAAAUCAAGGUCACAAAAUAAGCUCACAUUCCUCCGUGUGAUUGUCUUUCUCACAUUCAAAACACCUUCUCCUUCCCUUGUAUUUAAGAAAAGCAGAGAGACCUCAAUUCGCAAUAACGUAGCUCAGAUCUUCACAUCCAUACCCACAGAUAGGUAAUCAGACACAUUUAGUUGGUGCCCAUGGGAACAGUUGUUGAUGCUGCUGCUAAGAAGGAGGCUAAUGGAAGCUUAGCUGAUCUGAACCCUACAGUUGUUUUUGUAUUGGGUGGCCCUGGCAGCGGAAAGGGUACCCAAUGUGCAAACAUUGUUCAGCACUUUGGGUAUACCCAUCUCAGUGCUGGUGAUCUUCUACGAGCUGAAAUCAAAUCUGGUUCUGAAAAUGGGACCAUGAUUUCAAAUAUGAUUAAAGAAGGAAAGAUUGUUCCUUCCGAAGUAACAAUUAAACUUCUUCAGCGAGCAAUGCUGGAAGGUGGUAAUGACAAAUUUUUGAUUGAUGGGUUUCCUCGUAAUGAAGAAAAUCGUGCCGCAUUUGAGGCUGUGACUAAAAUCGAGCCUUCAUUUGUCCUGUUUUUUGACUGUUCUGAAGAGGAGAUGGAGAGGCGCCUCUUGGGUAGGAACCAGGGAAGAGAGGAUGAUAACAUAGAAACAAUAAGGAAGCGAUUUAAGGUUUUCCUAGAGUCUAGUCUCCCUGUGAUAGAGUACUAUAACUCCAAGGGGAAAGUUCGGAAGAUUGAUGCUGGAAGGCCCAUCGAAGAAGUUUAUGAGUCAGUAAAAGCUAUUUUUGCCCCAAAAAAUGAUAAGGCUGAUUAAUUGCUGCAAGUGUGUCCAAGAUUUCAGAUCUUAUGUCUAUUGAGGUGAUGCAAUUGUUGGCUGCAUAUAUUGUUUUCUUUUGAGGGUUUUAUUCUUGAUGCUUACAUAUUAUAGAAUGUAUUCUAGACACUUGAGGUGUAUGCCUCUAGUCUUAUAUUGGUGAUUGUUUUCUAAUUUUAAGGUUUAUAGUAAUAAUUAUGGCAGUAAUCUUCUGUUUCAAGUGUUAUAAGUAGCUAUGCAUCCUUUACCCCCUUUUGCUUCUUGUGGGAUAAAGCGCUCGAAUUAGAAAAUUUGAUGAAAGACAGCAAUUAAAAGAGAGGAAAUUUCAUUGAAAGUGAUUGUUGCAAAGAUGCAUUGUACUU